ACCUAAGACUGCAGCAGACUAUAGUGUGUUGAUAUUUUUCGUACUACUUCUUUCAACGGCAAUGACACUCCUUAUACUCCGCCUCUAGCGUUUGUUACCUAUACAAUACAAUCACGAAUAGUCUUCGACAGCGGCGAAAAUAGCCUACCUUUUAGCUCAAGAAAGAACUCACAAACUCAUAUCUGGGCCUUCCGCUCAGGUAUAAAAGAUGUCGUUUUUGUAGAUCCUUUCUCCAGAACCAAAACUCCCUGUUCUACUCCAGUAAUCGCUCAACCACUAACAUCUUUUCAACAAAAUGCUUUCUUUGCUCUCCAAAGCAGUCUCCCUUGCCAUCCUCGUCACCGCUGUUGUUGCUAGCCCUGCUGGUAAUGGUGUCGAAUGGAGCGGUGGAGGAACCACGACCGUCACCGUCACCGCCUCUUCUCCUACUACUACAGUCACAAAGAGUCAAUGCAGCACCGGAGAUCAAAAAUGCUGCCAGUCUGUGCAGAAUUCGAGUGCCGCAGGGGUUUCCUCUCUUUUGGGGCUUUUGGGUAUCGUUCUCUCGGGCACCGAUGUUCCUGUCGGGCUCACUUGCCUGCCCAUCGUUGGGGGUGCAUGCCAAUCCCAGGCCGUUUGUUGCACCGAUAACUCUUAUGGCAACCUCAUCUCCCUUGGCUGCAGUCCCUUGCAACUCUAGUUGCGACGCACCAGAGUCGCGAUCAGCUCGUGGGCGACUGGUCAAAUUUCUACUAGCAUCCUGAGUAGUAGUAGUACUUGUUCAAGGACCAUUAAAAUGAUGGCAGCAUUCCGUAUUCUCAAUACACGUUGUUCUUUUUGUCAGUAAUUCAUUUUCAUUAAAUCUUCAGCAAGG